UCUUGAAGCUUUUUGAUUCUUUAACACCACUGGAUCAACUAUUAUUAAAAUGCGCGUCAGUGUUGGGAGAAAUUGUUAACAGAAACAUGUUGCAGUAUCUAAUGAAUUUUAUAUCUGCGAGAGAAAUUGCACUUGCUAUUCAGAAACUCUUCGAAAUUCGGAUUUUGGGAUGCGCACUAGGAGAUUUUACUGCGAGUAUCAGACCGCUGGUGUUUUACAGAAAUAUAAACAGACCUAGUGUCUCGAUAGAAUCCGCAUGUGAAUGUGUGGGUCUCGUAACACCAAAUGAACUAGCUGACUUGCCGCGAUACGCGUCCUGCGGUCUGAUGCGUUUCAAUAUAUCGAUGUUUCGCGAAACUACUUACAGAUCACUUACGGAAACUCAGAAGAUGGAAUUGCAUAGCAAGGCAUUAAAAUAUCUUCAGCGACAUACCAGACGAUGUAUAGCGUGCAGUGAGUUACAAUUUACAAGAUUGUUAGGCAAAACUAUCACAAAAUACGACGCGCAAGAAAAUAAAAAAAGAAAAACUGUCGAGUUUCCCGAAAUCCAACUUGAAGAAGUGAUUUAUACGGUCAAACAUACAAAAAAUGCAAUUAUAUACAGUGGCGUGCAAAAGUUUCCGGCCAGCGACAUUUUGCAUUCAAAUUUAUAAAAAAAUAGCCUAAUCAAAUUUUAACCAUUAUCAGAUAUAAGCACAAGAUGUAGGAAAUAAGAUAAUAUAGUGAAAAAAUAUUGUUUAUGUUUGUGAAAAUAUGUAUUGUCAUAAUUGUCAUAUGUACAUGUGCAAA